AUGGCCUCGCCCUACACCGUCCUCGUAACAGGCUCUGCCGGCCACCUCGGCGCAGCCCUGAUGCUCUCCCUCCCGUCCCUCGGCUACGUCCCCCACGGCAUCGACAUCCUCCCCUCCCCGACAACAACAACAGUCGGCUCCAUCACAGACCGCGCCCUCAUCGCCUCCCUCCUCGCCAAUAACCCUUCCAUAACACACAUCGUGCACGCGGCAACCCUCCACAAACCCCACGUCGACUCCCACCCGAAAUCAGCCUUCAUCGACACAAACAUCACCGGCACCCUCAUCCUCCUGGAAGAAGCCGCCGCCUGCCUCGGCAAAACGACAACCCCCCAGUCUCAGUCACAGUCCCAGUCACGCAUCAAAUCCUUCCUCUUCAUCUCAACAACCUCAACCUUCGGCCGCGCCCUCGCCCCAGCAAAAGGCCACCCCGCCGCCUGGAUCACCGAAUCCGUCACGCCCCUCCCUAAAAACAUUUACGGCGUGACAAAAUGCGCCGCAGAAGACCUCUGCAGCUUAGUUCACCGCCAAACAUCCCUCCCGGUCCUCGUCCUCCGCACAUCCCGCUUCUUCCCGGAACCAGACGACGACGAGGACCGCCGCGCCGCCAUGCCCGACGACGCAAACUUAAAAGUGUGCGAGCUGGCCUACCGCAGGGUCGACAUCGCCGACGUCGUCUCAGCCGUCGUGUGCGGGAUGGAGAGGGCGGAGGGAAUUGGGUUCGGGAAGUAUAUUAUUUCUGCGCCGCCGCCUUUUGCUGCUGCUGCUGCUGCUGCUGCUGCUACUACUACUUCUGCUACCACAGACGACGACGAUGAGGCCGCCGCUGCAGCCCGCUCGAUGCUUGUACGCCGCUUGGACGCGGACGCGGGCGCCGUCCUCGCGGAGGUCGUGCCCGGGUGCGCGGCCGUGUUUGAGAAGCUCGGAUGGAGGUUCCUCGACAGGCUGGAUCGGGUGUACGAUUCCUCCAAGGCCGUCAGGGAGCUCGGAUGGAGGCCUCAGUGGACGAUGGAAAAAGUUGUUGAGAGGCUUGCGAGGGGGGAAGAUUGGAGGAGUGAGCUGACGUACGAGGUUGGCAAGAAGGGGUACCACGCCGUGUCGACGGGCGUGUAUACUUCGCGUGACUGA